AUGCUUGACUAUCUCUACAGGGGGGACUAUGACGAGCACGAGCUUGCCACUGAAGCCCAGAGAUACCAAGACCAAGGUCCCGCACUCCCUAAAUAUGCCAAUGCUAUGAUGCAUGUUACAGCUAACAAGUACGCCAUCAGAGGGCUUAAGGACCUCACCGAGAAAAGGCUAGUAUCAAAUCUCAUACAUGAGUGGAACGAUACGAACUUUAUUCAACUCAUUCAGUAUGUCUAUGGGCCGCGUACUCCUGCAAAUUCUACAUUGCAGACUAUUGUUGCGCAAUUUGCCGCCCGUCAUGUUUCUACUCUCAGAGAGUUUCAGUCAUUUCAUGAAGUUCUGAAGAGGUUCCCUGAUUUCAUGUACGUAUUCUCGAGUGAGAUGAUGGAAAGGGUGAUACAACUAGAGAAGGAAGCUUUAUAG